CUAGAAUCUACGAAAUAAGACUAUAUAGCGUGGCUAAAAUGAGGUUUCCAUAUCUUGGACUUGAAGAACUCAAGGAUACUACUACACUCUUUAAACAAGUUGUUGCAGAAUUCUUAGGAACUCUCAUUCUGGUGUUUGUUGGAUGUGGAAGCUGUAUAGGAGGAGAGGAUGAGGGGGAUCAUCAAUCAAAGUUUGUCAGGAUUGCUCUGUGUUUCGGAGUAACAGUUGCAACCCUGGCGCAGGCUCUAGGACAUGUCUCCGGGUGCCAUGUAAACCCAGCAGUUACUGCAGGACUUGCAGCGGGGGGAAAGAUUGGAUUUGCCCGCGGAUGCAUAUAUGUUCUGGCGCAAAACUUCGGAGCCAUCGCCGGAGCUGGUCUACUCAGGGGACUUGUUUCUACAGAGCUACGAGGUGGAGCUGGUCUUGGAGCUACUGGAGUUGAUCCUAACCUUUCAAUAGUACAGGCUGUAGGAGUAGAGAUGAUGAUUACUAUGGUUCUGGUUCUAACUGUAUACGGAGCAGCUGCAGAUGAAAACAAUACUGAGAGUGUGAAGGGAAGUGCUCCUCUAGCAAUCGGUCUCUCCAUCGCUACAUGUCAUCUCUUUGCAAUCCCUCUGACAGGCUCCAGCAUGAAUCCUGCAAGAACUCUGGGCCCAGCAGUGAUCACUGGAAACUUUGCUCAUCACUGGAUUUACUGGGUCGGACCUAUCCUAGGGGGUGUUGCUGCAGGACUCAUCUACCAGCUAGUUCUCAAGGCCCCGGAGAAGAAGAACAACUACUCUCCCUGCUCCGUAGUUGAGGGAGAUGUCAAGCUCGGAGAUGCAUAAGCACCUGAAGUCCCUAGACUAUAGCUCCUGGAGAACCUAGAUCCUAAACUAGCUACUGGAGAACCUAGAUCCUAAUCUAGCUCCUGGAGAACCUAUAUCCUAAACUAGCUCCUGGAGAACCUAGAUCCUAAACUAGCUCCUGGAGAACCUAGAUCCUAAACUAGCUCCUGGAGAAUCUAGAUCCUAAACUAGCUCCUGGAGAACCUAGAUCCUUAACUAGCUCCUGGAGAACCUAGAUCCAAAACUAGCUCCUGGAGAACCUAGAUCCUAAACUAGCUCCUGGAGAACCUAGAUCCUAAACUAGAUCCUUGAGAAUUUAGAUCCUAAACUAGCUCCUGGAGAACCUAGAUCCUAAACUAGAUCCCGGAGAAUUUAGAUCCUGAACAAGCUCCUGGAGCAACACAAAUCUAAUCUAGAUUGUUUGGUUGAAAUGUUUGUAUUGGAAUUGUAGUAAAAGUUUUAAUAAGA